UGAGGUGAAAACUACAGAUAGAGGGUGUGCCAGGAUCAUCUUCAGUGGUAUCCCCAAGAGGCUUUUGGACAAGGGUGUGAUUUGGGCGCUUUAUAAGAACAAUGACAGUACGGACAGGCUAGACUUUGCCUCAGUCCAGGACAGCGCCUCUGGGAGCUAUGACACCUCAGUAUCCCUCAACCCUGGUCUCCAGGCCAGGCUUCAUCAGUACAAAUAUAUGUUUGCUUUUGCAUUAUGCGGGAAAUACAACACAUUUGGGGAGGACAUACAUAGGAGUCCUGAGUUUCAUGAUGCCAACAGAGAGAUUCCUGUUGAUAUAAGCGGCCAUAGGCCUAACGCUAGUCUGCAGCUUUUCGUAAAGGACGGAAAGGCCUGCGCUCGCCUGUACGUGAAGAAGUCCUUCACUGACUGGAAGGAGAAGUUUUAUAACUCAUGGGUUGGGUUCUACUCUUCGGAAAGAAAAGACACCCAGGAAUAUAAUACCUACCAAUGGCAAUGGGCUGUGAAUUUUUCGGAGGAAAGACGCUCAGAUUGGAAAGGGAUACCUGAGUACGACGUCUAUGUGUACAGCUCUAGUAUGACUAUGUGUCCUGGGGUCCAGGCCCGAUUCAUGCUGGAGAAAUACAGGGGUGAAAAGGCACGCACUCCACCCUGGGAGGUUCAUACAUCAGCAAUUUAAAGCACACUACUUUUUACUAGUCACCGUUCUUUUGUCCAUCGUAUUUAGCCGGGUUCUCACAUGCCCUUCCUCUACUGAUUAUUAAUGGAUUAUUAUGUAUGGGAUUCUGUAUCCUGUUUCGUAUUGAUUACAUACAGCAUUGAUAUAUUUUUAUUGAUAACUAAUUGCGUAAUUGCCUCUGUCCAUGUUUGUUUACCAUGUCUGCAUCCUGCUUGUCCUUUUUAUUGAUUGAUUUGAAUUGCUAAUCUGUGCAAAGUGUAAAAAAAAGUCUGUUCUCAAUAAAGCUAUUGAGGAAAUGUAAGGGAAAAUACAAUUAAAAAGCUGUGAAAACCAAAUAACCUUGUGCCGUCUUGAGCACUUAGAAGACGGUCUGGUUGCGAUAAUACUAGCCGGUCAAGCUGAUUUUUGACUAAUGUCAGUAGUCAGACAGUUUUCAUAUUAUUGUGAUGUGUUAUGAAGGAUGGAAGCGUUUGUGAACUGUCAAAUGUACUGUACAUACACACAUACAUACACACAUACACACACACACACACACACACACACACACACACACACACACACACACACACAGGAUUGCAUGAAAUGUUUUAAACCUACAAAUAUAGCAUCUUAAUUUCAAGGAAAGCACAUGUAAGUGAAUGGGUUUGCCAACAUUAUAAAGCUUUCUUUACCCUUUGUGGUCGUUACUAAGGUUAACAAUGGGCCUCACGUCCAUAAUGGCACAAACCGGUCUUCUUCCAUUCCAACCCAUCUGAGCUUCAAAGGUGUGCAGACCAGGGGGUGUGGCCGCACCUGGUAUGUAGGAUUCAAGAAGCAUGGCUUUCAUUUCUAUGGAAACGCUGACAGACCCCGCCCAUUACAUUUUCUGCCCUCUGAAAGGAGUAGUUAUUACUCUCUAGGGAUAAGUUUAAUUUCUGAUGAAACAAAUCAAAUCAAAUUGUAUAUGUCACGUGCCGAAUACAACAGGUGUUACAGUGAACUAAUUACUUACAAGCCCUUAACCAACAAUGCAGAAUUGGUAGCUCAAUUGGUAGAGCAUGGCACUUGUAAUGGCAGGGUAGUGGGUUCGAUCCCCGGGACCACCCAUAUGUAAAAAUGUAUGCACACAUGACUGUAAGUCGCUUUGGAUAAAAGCGUCUGCUAAAUGGCAUAUUAUAUUUAUUAUUUUAAUAUUAUUAUAUUAAAAGAAAAAUGUGUGAUAAGCAAAAAAUAGAAAAGUAAAAAUAAAUGAAUAAAUAAAAUAGAAAAAAUAAUGUAUAUAGUAAGUACAAGCUGGAAGUAGAGGCUUAAGCAUUGUUGUUCACUAGUUUACUCCAAUUAGGGAAAGGGUGGUCGGGUUGGAAAGUAAUAAAGGGGAUUAUUUUUAUUUUUUUAAGGAUAUGUAUGUAUGUAUGUAUGUAUGUAUGUAUGUAUGUAUGUAUGUAUGUAUGUAUGUAUGUAUGUAUGUAUGUAUGUAUGUAUGUAUGUAUGUAUGUAUGUAUGUAUGUAUGUAUGUAUGUAUGUAUGUAUGUAUGUAUGUAUGUAUGUAUGUAUGUAUGUAUGUAUGUAUGUAUGUAUGUAUGUAUGUAUAUAAAAACAUGGGUGAUUGGAAGUGAUGCAGACAAUUACAUUGAUGGAAGUUACAAUCCAUCUGCAAUAUUGAGCUGAUCUACCCCCUAAAAAAUACAAUAAUAAUGGAUAAGUAAAAAAUAAUUAAAGAGCAGCAGUAAAAUAAAAUAACAGUAGGGAGGCUAUAUACAGGGGGUACCGGUACAGAGUCAAUGUGAAAUAACAGUAGGGAGGCUAUAUACAGGGGGUACCGGUACAGAGUCAAUGUGAAAUAACAGUAGGGAGGCUAUAUACAGGGGGUACCGGUACAGAGUCAAUGUGAAAUAACAGUAGGGAGGCUAUAUACAGGCUGUACCGGUACAGAGUCAAUGGGAAAUAACAGUAGGGAGGCUAUAUACAGGGGGUACCGAUACAGAGUCAAUGGGAAAUAACAGUAGGGAGGCUAUAUACAGGGGGUACCGGUACAGAGUCACUGGGAAAUAACUGUAGGGAGGCUAUAUACAGGGGGUACCGAUACAGAGUCAAUGUGAAAUAACAGUAGGGAGGCUAUAUACAGGGGGUACCGGUACAGAGUCAAUGUGAAAUAACAGUAGGGAGACUAUAUACAGGGGGUACCGGUACAGAGUCAAUGGGAAAUAACAGUAGGGAGGCUAUAUACAGGGGGUACCGGUACAGAGUCAAUGUGAAAUAACAGUAGGGAGGCUAUAUACAGGGGGUACCGGUACAGAGUCAAUGUGAAAUAACAGUAGGGAGACUAUAUACAGGGGGUACCGGUACAGAGUCAAUGGGAAAUAACAGUAGGGAGGCUAUAUACAGGGGGUACCGGUACAGAGUCAAUGUGAAAUAACAGUAGGGAGGCUAUAUACAGGGGGUACCGAUACAGAGUCAAUGGGAAAUAACAGUAGGGAGGCUAUAUACAGGGGGUACCGGUACAGAGUCAAUGUGAAAUAACAGUAGGGAGGCUAUAUACAGGGGGGUACCGGUACAGAGUCAAUGUGAAAUAACAGUAGGGAGGCUAUAUACAGGGGGUACCGGUACAGAGUCAAUGUGAAAUAACAGUAGGGAGACUAUAUACAGGGGGUACCGGUACAGAGUCAAUGGGAAAUAACAGUAGGGAGGCUAUAUACAGGGGGUACCGAUACAGAGUCAAUGUGCGGGGGCACAGGUUAGUCGAGGUAAUUGAGGUAAUAUGUACCUAGUGGUUUACUGUAACUAUUGUCCUGAAGACUUUUUAUGUAUUGCCAACCACUAGAAAUAAGUUACAGAUAUCAGUCCAGAUAAUUUGUGUCUUUUUUUCUGAAAGUACAAACAUUGACACAAUUGUUGUUUUGUCUUAGGUUGGCCAUUGGUGGAAAGGGUUUCCUGGGUUGUUUCAUCCUGUUUCUGCCUCUGGCCUCAGUAUUCACUAUAAAUGCCAAUAUACUUUAACCCUCAUCUCAUUAAAUGAUCUCAAAGUCAGAGUUUAGCCACACCUCUCCACAACAUGAUCCUGCUCCACUGGCUAGCCAACAACAUGAAUAUUGAAAACAAUGGAAACAUGAUUUUGAUCCAACUAGGGGGGACUAUGGCAUUCAUUUCUAAAAACAUUCUAGCCAUGAAAGAUCCCUUCUGUUACCUUUACAUUUUAGCAGAUGCUCUUAUCCAGAGUGACUUACAGUUAGUGAGUACAUACAUCAUUUUUUUUUAUACUGGCCCCCCAUGGGAAUCGAACCCACAACCCUGGCAUUGCAAACGCCAUGCUCUUCCAAUUGAGCUACAUCCCUGCCGGUCAUUCCCUCCCCUACCCUGAGCCAAUUGUGCGCCGCCCCAUGGGUCUCCCGGUCGCGGUCGGCUACGACAGAGCCUGGAUUCAAACCAGGAUCUCUAGUGGCACAGCUAGCACUGCGAUGCAGUGCCUUAGACCACUGCGCCACUCGGGAGACACACUUUUCUGUCCCCUGAAAGAGGAUGUUACUACUCUCUAGGGAAUGUGUCCCCUGAAAGAGGAAGUUACUACUCACUAGGGAAUGUGUCCCCUGAAAGAGGACGUUACUACUCACUAGGGAAUGUGUCCCCUGAAAGAGGAAGUUACUACUCACUAGGGAAUUCUACUAGAGGACAGAGUCAUUAUCAGAGUUUGGCCUAAUCAGCACAUAAUGAGGUCUACAUCACACAGCAUUAUCGCCCAGAUGAGUACAGAGGGAGUAGCUAUGAUCCAAGCAAUACAGACCGUGUGGAUGUCAACCUCCUAAGAGAAAUUCAAAUGAUCUCAACCUUUACCAGAGGUGAAACUCCAUAUACAGUGGGGAAAAAAAACUAUUUAGUCAGCCACCAAUUGUGCAAGUUCUCCCACUUAAAAAGAUGAGAGAGGCCUGUAAUUUUCAUCAUAGGUACACGUGAACUAUGACAGACAAAAUGAGAAAAAAAUAUCCAGAAAAUCACAUUGUAGGAUUUUUAAUGAAUUUAUUUGCAAAUUAUGGUGGAAAUUAAGUAUUUGGUCAAUAACAAAAGUUUCUCAAUACUUUGUUAUAUACCCUUUGUUGGCAAUGACACAGGUCAAAUGUUUUCUCUAAGUCUUCACAAGGUUUUCACACACUGUUGCUGGUAUUUUGGCCCAUUCCUCCAUGCAGAUCUCCUCUAGAGCAGUGAUGUUUUGGGGCUGUCGCUGGGCAACACGGACUUUCAACUCCCUCCAAAGAUUUUCUAUAGGGUUGAGAUCUGGAGACUGGCUAGGCCACUCCAGGACCUUGAAAUGCUUCUUACGAAGGCACUCCUUCGUUGCCCGGGCGGUGUGUUUGGGAUCAUUGUCAUGCUGAAAGACCAAGCCACGUUUCAUCUUCAAUGCCCUUGCUUAUGGAAGGAGGUUUUCACUCAAAAUCUCACGAUACAUGGCCCCAUUCAUUCUUUCCUUUACACGGAUCAGUCGUCCUGGUCCCUUUGCAGAAAAACAGCCCCAAAGCAUGAUGUUUCCACCCCCAUGCUUCACAGUAGGUAUGGUGUUCUUUGGAUUGGCGGCGUAGUGUGUUACUGAUGGUAGGCUUUGUUACUUUGGUCCCAGCUCUCUGCAGGUCAUUCACUAGGUCCCCCAGUGUGGUUCUGGGAUUUUUGCUCACCGUUCUUGUGAUCAUUUUGACCCCACAGGGUGAGAUCUUGCGUGGAGCCCCAGAUCGAGGGAGAUUAUCAGUGGUCUUGUAUGUCUUCCAUUUCCUAAUAAUUGCUCCCACAGUUGAUUUCUUCAAACCAAGCUGCUUACCUAUUGCAGAUUCAGUCUUCCCAGCCUGGUGCAGGUCUACAAUUUUGUUUCUGGUGUCCUUUGACAGCUCUUUGGUCUUGGCCAUAGUGGAGUUUGGAGUGUGACUGUUUGACGUUGUGGACAGGUGUCUUUUAUACUGAUAACAAGUUCAAAAAGGUGCCAUUAAUACAGGUAACGAGUGGAGGACAGAGGAGCCUCUUAAAGAAGAAGUUACAGGUCUGUGAGAGCCAGAAAUCUUACUUGUUUGUAGGUGACCAAAUACGUAUUUUCCACCAUAAUUUGCAAAUAAAUUCAUUAAAAAUCCUACAAUGUGAUUUUCUGGAUUUUUUUCCCUCAAUUUGUCUGUCAUAGUUGACGUGUACCUAUGAUGAACAUUACAGGCCUCUCUCAUCUUUUUAAGUGGGAGAACUUGCACAAUUGGUGGCUGACUAAAUACUUUUUUCCCCCACUGUAAUUAAGUGAUAAAUGAAAACAGUCUGAAUCAUGUUGCAAAACACGGAGUACCCCUGGUCUGCCACUUUUACUGGCAAUUGUACAGUACUCCACAUUCUUCAGUGGAUCAGGUAAACCACGAAGGCUUUGUGUCAUUGAAAUUCUCAAUGACAGGAUGGAGGAUGAUGACUUCAUAUUGUUUAUCACGGUAAUAACCACGCAAGAAGCAAAAGUCAUCUGGAGUGGUAUCCCCAACAGGCUUUUAGACCAGGGUGUAAUGGUGGUGCUUUAUAAGGAUAAUGAUGGUGACAUUAAGAGCAAGCUAGACAGUGUCUUGGCUGGCAGAGACUCUGGGAGCACCUCAGUACCCCUCAACCCCUGGUCUCCAGGUCAGGCUCCAUAAAGUAUCAUGCUGGUCCACUGUCGGGAAGGAGAUCUGGAGAGGUCCUGUGUUUCAUGAUGCCAACAGAGAGAUUCCUGCUGAUAUUAAUGGUUAGGAUGCCAGUCUGAAGCUCUUCGUGAAGGACGGAAAGGCCUGUGUGUGAAGAAAUCCUUCACUGAAUGGAAGGAGAAGUUAAAUAACUCCUGGGUUGGGUUCUACUCUUCCCAUAACAAAUCCAUGCUCUACUAUAAUACCUGGCAAUGGGCAGUGUCUUUUUCUAAGGAAAUACGAUCAGAUUUGGAGGAUAUACAGUUGAAGUCGGUAGUUUACAUACACCUUAGCCAAAUACGUUUAAACUCAGUUUUUCACAAUUCCUGACAUUUAAUCCUUGUAAAUAUUCCCUGUCUUAUGUCAGUUAGGAUCACCACUUCAUUUUAAGAAUGUGAAAUGUCAGAAUAAUAGUAGAGAGAAUGAUUUAUUUCAGCUUUUAUUUCUUUCAUCACAUUUCCAGUGGGUCAGACAUUUACAUACACUCAAUUAGUAUUUGGUAGCAUUGCCUUUAAAUUGUUUAACUUGGGUCAAACGUUUCGGGUAGCCUUCCACAAGCUUCCCACAAUAAGUUGGGUGAAUUUUGGCCCAUUCCUCUUGACAGAGCUGGUGUAACUGAUUCAGGUUUAGAGGCCUCCUUGCUCGCACACGCUUAUUCAGUUCUGCCCACAUAUUCUCUAUAGGAUUGAGGUCAUGGCUUUGUGAUGGCCACUCCAAUACCUUGACUUUGUUGUCCUUAAGCCAUUUUGCCACAACUUUGGAAGUAUGCUUGGGGUCAUUGUUCAUUUGGAAGACCCAUUUAUGACCAAGCUUUAACUUUGUGACUGAUGUCUUGAGAUGUUGCUUCAAUAUAUCCACAUAAUUUUCCUUUCUCAUGAUGCCAUCUAUUUUGUGAAGUGCACCAGUCCCACCUGCAGCAUGAUGCUGCCACCCCCGUGCUUCAUGGUCGGGAUGGUGUUCUUCGGCUUGCAAGCGACCCCCCUUUUCCUCCAAACAUAACAACGGUCAUUAUGGCCAAACAGUUCUAUUUUUGUUUCAUCAGACCAGAGGACAUUUCUCCAAAAAGUAAGAUAUUUUUCCCCAUGUGCAGUUGCAAACCGUAGUCUGGCUUUUUUAUGGCGGUUUUGGAGCAGUGGCUUCUUCCUUGCUAAGAGGCCUUUCAGGUUAUGUCGAUAUAGGAUUCGUUUUACUGUGGAUAUAGAUACUUUUGUACCUGUUUCCUCCAGCAUCUUCACAAGGUCCUUUGCUGUUGUUCUGGGAUUGAUUUGCACUUUUCGCACCAAAGCAUGUUCAUCUCUAGGAGACAGAACGCGUCUCCUUCCUGAGCGGUAUGACGGCUGCGUGGUCCCAUUGUGUUUAUACUUGCGUAUUAUUGUUUGUACAGAUGAACGUGAUACCUUCAGGCAUUUGUAAAUUGCACCCAAGGAUGAACCAGACCUGUGGAGGUCUACAAUCUAUUUUCUGAGGUCUUGGCUGAUUUCUUUUGAUUUUCCCAUGAUGUCAAGCAAAGAGGCACUGAGUUUGAAGGUAGGCCUUGAAAUACAUCCACAGGUACACCUCCAAUUGACUCAAAUUAUGUCAAUUAGCCUAUCAGAAGCUUCUAAAGCCAUGACAUCAUUUUCUGGAAUUUUCCAAGAUGUUUAAAGGCACAGUCAACUUAGUGUAUGUAAACUUCUGACCCACUGGAAUUGUGAUACUAUGAAUUAUAAGUGAAAUUAUCUGUCUGUAAACAAUUGUUGGAAAAAUUACUUGUGUCAUGCACAAAGUAGAUGUCCUAACCGGCUUUCUAAAAUGAUAGUUUGUUAACAAGACAUUUGUGGAGUGGUUGAAAAACGAGUUUUAAUGAGUCCAACCUAAGUGUAUGUAAACCUCCGACUUCAACUGUAUGUUGUUUCAUCGUCUUUGAAAUCGACAUGAUUGUUCUUUAAGUCCCCACCGACCAUUUCCCACAUUCUUUAUGGUAGGAAUAUUGUUUCAUUAUCCACUUUUGAAUGUUGGAGUUUUGGUGGGAAGAAUCUCUGUGUUAACAAAGGUGUCCUUUCUCCCAAUACUUCAUGGCAAGGAAGAGAAAGUCUGCAUGGUAUUUACGACCGGUCAUAAAACUGGCCCCCAGGAAAGGGUGUGUUCAAACCUUUGCCUAGCCGGCAUCUUUGAUCCUCAACCCAUGAGGGUAAGUCAUGACAGUUGACAUAGUUGUAAUCCAAACCCAACCUUAAUUUACUCAUUGUGACGCAUUCAGAUUCCAAACUCCGUUUUAGACGAGCCUGACUUUAUGACCAAAAUUAUCCUAUUUACACACUGUAGUCGAUUUUGACACUAGAAUAGCCUAAAUAAGUUCAGGAGCAUUAAUGUGCUAGUAUUUAACAUGAUUUUUGAAGACUACCUCAUCUCUGUACCCCACACAUACAAUUAUCUGUAAGGUCCCUCAGUCAAGUAGUGAAAUUCAAACACAGAUUCAACCACAAAGAUCAGGGAGGUUUUUCCAAUGCCUCACAAAGAAGGGCACCUAUUGGUAGAUGGGUAAAUAAAUAUAUAUAACAGACAUUGAAUAUCCCUUUGAUCAUGGUGAAGUUAUUAAUUUCACUUUCGAUGGUGUAUCAAUACACCCAGUCACUACAAAGAUACAGUUUACUCUCUCAAUGGCCGGAGAGGAAAGAAACUGCUCGGGGAUUUCACCAUGAGGCCAAUAGUGACAUUAAAACAGUUACAGAGUAUAAUGGCUGUGAUAGGAAAAAACUGAGGAUGAAUCAACAACAUUGUAGUUACUCGCGACUAGUUCUUAGGAAACUUUGCGGUAUUUUGUUUUUUAUGUAUUAUUUUUUACGUUAUUACCUCAGAAAGUGUUUUGUAUCAUUACAUACAGCCGGGAAAAACUAUUGGAUAUCAGAGCGGCGGUAACUCACCAGCAUUACGACCAGGAAUACGACUUUCCCGAAGCAGAUCCUUUGUUUGCUCUCCCCAGGGCAAUUGAACUGAUUCCAGCGGCUGACCCAAAACAUCGCCGGCGGAGGAGAGGCACUCGGAGCGGCCUGCUGGUUCGACUUAGGAGGCACGCACACCACCCACCGCUUCCAAGUAAAACCAGCCACGUCGCCGACACUGACGUCUCGCUUCCAGACAAGCUAAACACCUUCUUCGCCCUUUGAGGAUAACACAGUCCCGCCGACGAGCCCCACUACCAAGGACUGUGGCCUCUCCUUCUCCGUGGCCGACAUGAGUAAGACAUUUAAGCAUGUUAACCCCUGCAAGGCUGCCGGCCCAGACCGCAUCCCUAGCCGCGUCCUCAGAGCAUGCGCAGAUGAGCUGGCUGGUGUGUUUACGGACAUAUUCAAUCUUUCCCUUUCCCGGUCUGCUGUCCCAACAUGCUUCAAGAUGGCCACCAUUGUUCCUGUACCCAAGAAAGCUAAAUGACUAUCGCCCCGUGGCACUCACCUCUGUCAUCAUGAAGUGCUUUGAGAGACUAGUCAAGGAUCAUAUCACCUCCACCUUACCUGUCACCGUAGACCCACUUCAAUUUGCUUACCGCCCCAAUAGGUCCACAGACGAUGCAAUCGCCAUCACACUGCACACUGCCCUAUCCCAUCUGGACAAGAGGAAUACCUAUGUCCGAAUGCUGUUCAUUGACUAUAGCUCAGCAUUCAACACCAUUGUGCCCUCCAAGCUCAUCAUUAAGCUCGAGGCCCUGGGUCUGAACCCCGCCCUGUGCAACUGGGUCCUGGACUUCCUGACGGGCCGCCCCCAGGUGGUGAAGGUAGGAAACAACAUCUCAAUUUUGCUGAUCCUCAACACUGGGGCCCCACAAGGGUGCGUGCUCAGCCCCUUCCUGUACUCCCUGUUCACCCAUGACUGCGUGGCCAAGCACACCUCCAACUCAAUCAUCAAGUUUGCAGACAACACAACAGUAGUAGGCUUGAUUACCAACAAUGACGAGACCGCCUACAGGGAGGAGGUGAGGGUUCUGUGAUUGUGGUGCCAGGAAAAUAACCAUCCACAAACUUUUACAGAUGCACAAUUGAGAGCAUUCUGUCGGGCUGUAUCACCGCCUGGUACGGCAACUGCAUCUCCCGCAACUGCAGGGCUCUCCAGAGGGUGGUGCGGUCUGCCAAACGCAUUACUGGGGGCAAACUACCCGCCCUCCAGAACACCUACAGCACCCGAUGUCACAGGAAGGCCAAAAAGAUCAUAAAGGACAUCAACCACACGAGCCACUGCCUGUUCACCCCGCUAGGUCAGUACAGGUGCAUCAAAGCUGGGACCGAGAGAAUGAAAAACAGCUUCUAUCUCAAGGCCAUCAGACUGUUAAAUAGCCAUCACUAGCACAUUAGAGGCUGCUUCUGCCUAUUGAAAUCACUGGCCACUUUAAGAAAUGGAACACUAGUCACUUUAAUAAUAUUUACAUAUCUUACACUACUCAUCUCAUAUGUAUAUACUGUAUUCUAUAAUAUUCUACUGUAUCUUAGUCCAUGCCACUCUGUCAUUGUGUCACGCCCUGGCUCUGGGGACACUGUUAUGUUGAGCCAGGGUGUGUAAUUCUAUGUAUUCUAUUGCUAUGUUGGGAGUUCUAGUUGGUAUUUCUAUGUUGGCCUGAGUGACUCCCAAUCAGAGGCAACGAGUGUCAGCUGGUUGUCUCUGAUUGGGAGCCAUAUUUAAACUGUCUGUCUUUCCCUUUGUGUUUGUGGUUUCUUGUUCUUAUUUGGUUUGUGUUCAACCGUAGACAUCACGUUAUCGUCUGUUGUUUUGAUCGUGUGAUCAUUCUCGAAAUAAAUAUGUUUACCUUCAACGCUGCGCAUUGGUCCUCCUCCUUAGACGAUCGUGACACAUUGCUUGUCCAUAUGUAUAUAUUUUUUAAUUCCAUUCCUUACUUAGAUUUAUGUAUAUUGGUUAUAUGUUGUGAAAUUGUUAGAUAUUACUUGUUAGAUAUUACUGCACUGUCGGAGCUAGAAGCACAAACAUUUCACUACAUCCACAAUAACAUCUGCUAAACACGUGUAUGUGACAAAUACAAUUUGAUUUGAUUUGAUUUGACAAUACUGACCUAAUUGAAAGAGUGAAAAGAAGGAAAACUGUACAGUAUACAAAUGUCUAAAACAUGCAUCCUGUUUGCAACCAGGCACUAAAGUAUUACUGCAAAUAAUUUGGCAAAGCAAUUAACUUUUUGACCUGAAUACAAAGUGUUAUGUUUGGGGCAAAUUCAAUACAACACAUCACUAAUGACCACUCUCCAUAUUUUCAAGACUAGUUGUGGCUGCAUCAUGUUAUGGGUAUGCUUGUAAUAGUUAAGGACUGGGCAGUUUUUCAGGAUCAAAACGAAACGGAAUGGCACAGGCAAAAUCCUAGAGGAAAACCUGGUUCAGUCUGCUUUCCACCAGACACUGGGAGAUGAAUUCACCUUUCAGCAGGACAAUAACCUAAAACACAUGGCCAAAUCUACACUGGAGUUGCUUACCAAGAAGACAGUAAAUGUUCCUGAGUGGCCGAGUUACAGUUUUGAGUUAAACCUGCUUGAAAAACAUUUAGUCUACCAAUGAUCUACAACCAAUUUUACAGAACUUGAAGAAUUUUGAAACGAAUAAUGGGCAAAUGUUGCACAAUCUAGGUGCGAAAAGCUCUUAGAGACUUACCCAGAAAGACUCACAGCUGUGAUCGCUGCCAAAAGUUCUUCUGGGUCUUUCUAUAAACUAGGGUACCAGUGAGGAUUCUAUAAACUAGGGUACCAGUGAGGAUUCUAUAAACUAGGGUACCAGUGAGAAUUCUAUAAACUAGGGUACCAGUGAGGAUUCUAUAAACUAGGGUACCAGUGAGGAUCCUAUAAACUAGGGUACCAGUGAGGAUUCUAUAAACUAGGGUACCCGUGAGGAUUCUAUAAACUAGGGUACCAGUGAGGAUUCUAUAAACUAGGGUACCAGUGAGGAUUCUAUAAACUAGGGUACCAGUGAGGAUUCUAUAAACUAGGGUACCAGUGAGGAUUUCCUACACUGGACAACUUGUUACAGCUGUUGAUAAGCCAUUGAUAAUAAUCAGCCAAUUUUUGUCAUGUCAUUACAUCAAGUUAUAAGGGGGGAUCAUGGCUAUAUUCAAUCAAAUUCACAAGUUGAUUUAAAACCCUUGUUUAAAACCCUUUCUCAUGGUUGGUGCAUUGAAGGAUUUGUCCAUAAUCAUGUAACAUAAAACAUUACUUUUCUGUGCUUGUAUUUAUGGCAGUGUAAGUUGUCGUUAUAUCCAGGGGCGCAACUUUGGUUUUAGAAGUGGGGGGGGGGGGACAUUAUUUAAUUGAAAUACAUUUUUUCUGUCAGGUAAACACUCCAAACAGCCUACCGGACCUCUCGGAGGCGUGCGCAUGGUCCUAAAGCACACCGUCACCCCAUUUUGUAUCACAUUCCAGUGAUAAAACUGGGGGUGACUAAAAUGCAAUUUCAGAAUGUGGGGGGGGGGGGGUUGGGGGGGGGGCAUGCCCCCCCUGUCCCCAGUGAAAGUUGUGCCCCUGGUUAUAUCAUAUAUUAAGCAUGAAUCUGUUAAAUUAGACAUUGAACUUGACAUUUUUUUUGCAUAGAGAUCGCAGAAAUGCAGUGUAACUACGUAACAUUUAGUGUCUCCUUAUUUUACAGGGUGAGAACAGUUUUCAUGGGCACACAAAUCCUAAAUAAUGUAUGCAUUACAAAAUCGAAUGCCUCUAACCCGAAAGAGUCACCUUACCUCGAUACUUAAAACCUAAAUUGAUGCUGUCAUUGACGUGGUUCUUCAAUAAUUACGCAUAAUACUUGUUGGAUGCCCAUUUGGUGUCGAGCUGUUUAAUUACACUGUGAUAGUUUCACACAUCAUCAUCUGAUCCAGGAAGGAAUUUUCUGAAUGACAGUCAAGUGAAGAACAGCUGUUGUGAUAGCGCACGCGAGGCAACAACAGCCCAAGUGCUGGAAAAAAGGUGUUCGCAAGGAAUGUUCAGAAUAUUUUGUUGUCUCAUUCAUUACGCCGUUAAAGACAGUUCAAAUCAAAUCAAAUCAAAUUGUAUUUGUCUUAUGCGCCGAAUAAAACAGGUGUAGACAUUACCUUGAAAUGCUUACUUACAAGCCCUUCACCAACAAUGCAGAGUUUUAAAAAAGUAACAAAAAAACGUAGCUAAAUAAACUAAAGGAAAAAUUGUAACACAAUAAAAGAACAAUAACGAGGCUAUAUAAAAGGAGUACCGAUACCGAGUCCAUGUGCAGGGGUACGGGUUAUUCGAGGUAAUUGAGGUAAUAUGUACAUGUAGGUAGGGGUUAAAGUGACUAUGCAUAGAUAAUAAACAGAGAGUAGCAGCAGAGUAUGUGACUAGUGUGAUGGAAUGUGAUUGUGUGUAUAUGUGUGUGUGUGUGUGUGUGUGUGUGUGUGUGUGUGUGUGUGUGUUUGUGUGUUUGUGUGUGUGUGUGUGUGUGUGGGUGUGUGUGUGUGUGUGUGUGUGUUUGUGUCACAUGUGUGUGUGUGUUUUGUGUGGGUGUGUGUGUGUGUGUGUUGUGUGUGUGUGUGUGUGUGGGUGUGUGUGUGUGUGUGUUUGUGUCAAUAUCAAUGUGUGUGUGUGUGUUUUGUGUGUGUGUCCGUGUGUGUGUGUGUGGUGUGUGUGUGUGUGUGUGUUGGAGUGUCAGUAUAGUAUGUGGGAGCAUGUGGUUAGAGUCCAGUGAGUGUACAUCGAGCCUGUGGAAGAGAGUCAGUAUAGUAUGUGGUUAGAGUCCAGUGAGUGUACAUCGAGCCUUUGCAAAAUAAUAAUAAAAUAAGGGGGUCAAUGCAAAACGUCCUGGUAGCCAUUUGAUUAGCAUAACAUACCACCUUACAUCACAGCUGGCUUGCCUCUGAAGCCCACUGCUGGCUGGCCUAUGAAGCCCACUGCUGGAUGGUCUCUGAAGCCCACUGCUGGCUGGUCUCUGAAGCCCACUGCUGGCUUGCCUCUGAAGCCCACUGAUGUCUGGCCUAUGAAGCCCACUGCUGGAUGGUCUCUGAAGCCCACUGCUGGCUGGCCUAUGAAGCCCACUGCUGGAUGGUCUCUGAAGCCCACUGCUGGAUGGUCUCUGAAGCCCACUGCUGGAUGGCCUCUGAAGCCCACUGCUGGCUGGCCUCUGAAGCCCACUGCUGGAUGGUCUCUGAAGCCCACUGCUGGAUGGUCUCUGAAGCCCACUGCUGGAUGGUCUCUGAAGCCCACUGCUGGAUGGUCUCUGAAGCCCACUGCUGGCUGGUCUCUGAAGCCCACUGCUGGCUUGCCUCUGAAGCUAAUCAGGAUUGGUCCUGGUCGGUCCCUGGAUGGGAGACCAGACGCUGCUGGAAGUGGUUUUGGAGGGCCAGUAGGAGGCACUCUUUUCCUCUGCUCUAAAAACAAUAUCCCAAUGCCCCAGGGCAGUGAUUGGGGACAUUGCCCUGUGUUGGGUGCUGUCUUUCAGACAGGAUGUUAAAAGGCUGUCCUGACUCUUAUUGUAAGAGUAGGGCUGUUAACCCCAGUUCUCUGGCCCUCAUACCAUCAUGGCCACCUAAUCAUCCCCAGCUUCCAAAUGGCUCAUUCAUCUCGCCUCCUCUCCCCUGUAACUAUUUCCCAGGUCGUUGUUGAGAAUGCUCCCGGUAUAAGCUGAUAAGGAGCCUUUUGGUCCCAGACCUGGCGCUCCGGUACCACUUGCCAUGUGGUAGCAGAGAGAACAGUCCAAGACUUGGGUGGCUGGAGUCCUUGCCAAUUUUUAGGGCUUUCCUCUGACACCGCCUGCUAUAGAGGUCCUGGAUGGCAGGAAGCUCGGCCCCAGUAAUGUACUGGGCCGUACGCACUACCCAGUUUGCCUGGAUCCACGUUGGAUCUAAUAAUUGAUGUUGAUCAUCAUGAUGUUCAUUUUCUGCUUGAUUUACAGCAGGGUCUCGUUAGAUUUAGCAUAGAAAGCAUCAAGGUAGUUUUCAUAUGUUUUUGUGCUUUGGAUUGGACACCAAGUCUACUGUGCACAAUUGUGCAGGAUAGACUGUUGCUCAAGACCCAACACAAUUCCUGUUAAUUAUUCAGGAUGUAAUGACAACAAAUUACAUAUCCUAGUGGGCUUAUUCACAAUAUAAUUUAAUUUAAAAUUUUUUGUCAUUUAGCAGACGCUCUUAUCCAGAGCGACUUACAGGAGCAAUUAGGGUUAAGUGCCUUGCUCAAGGGCACAUCGACAGAUUUGUCAUUUAGUCGUCUCGGGGAUUAGAACUAGCGACCUUUCGGUUUCUGGCACAACGCUCUUAACCACUAAGCUACCUGCCGCCUCUAAUAUGCUAUGGUAAUGAAACAGCAUGACAAAUACAUGUUGUUUUCCUUGGUAGAACUUUUUAAACAAUGCAAUUUGGUACUUGAAAAGUUAUUGUAAUUAUUGUAGCCAAUUUAUAAGUUCUCCUACUCCCAUAUAAUUGUCUGUGAUUUCAUGUUUGAUCAAUUUUUGUGCCACUUUCGUUUGUUUCCCGACGCUUCAAUUGAAUGGUGUUGCGCUACUCUGUUGUGGUAAAACCACAUGUGGUUAUUAUGAGGAUGACAACAUCUAAUGUUGGCUUCAACUUAGUUUUCAAUACAAAUCAUUCCAUUAAAAAAGGAACCUGUUUUUUGGUCACUUUGUCAUUAUAAAACAGCGAUGGUGAGAUUCAAAUGGUGUGAUUAAUGCUACAGCUAUUCAUGGCUUUAUUAUGUGUUCCAGUGUCGGCCACAUAGGCUAACGAAAAAUCGCCACGCGUGCAUUCAAUCUAUUUAGUUAGGCAAUGUUUACAUUAUUCUCACAUAUUUUAGAAUGUAAUAAUAAUCUGAAUAUCAAACAGUGAAAAUUACAAUUAAGUGCUUGAAAAAGUCCCUGAAAGUCCUUGAAUUUGACUUACAAAUGUCUGUAUGAAUCCUGCUUAAAGGAUGUAUAGUCCUAGACCUAUGUUGUUGUAUAGGUGGAGUCAUGGGACAAUUAGCAUAUAUUCACUUUUAUUACUUUAAUUUUAUCUAAAUGCAUGAAAAGCCUUUUUAUUUUAGUUUCAAAUCAUUUUGAAAUGUUUAUCGUCACACAUUGGCACCAUUAUUUAUAGAAAGACCCUACUACAAAGUAUUGACUGAGGGGUGUGAAUACCUAUGUAAAGUAGAUAUUUCUGUAUUUUAUUUUCAAGACAUUUGCAAACAUUUCUAAAAACAUGUUGUCACUUUGUCAUCAUGGGGUAUUGUGUGUACAUGGGUGAGAGAAAAACAUAUGUUUAACCUCUAAGGGAUUGGUGUCCCGUAUACGGGACGGUUGAGCUAACAUGUGCUAAUGUGAUUAGCAUGACUGUUGUAAGUAACAGCAAACUUUCCAGGACAUAGACAUGUCUUAUAUGAGCAGAAAGCUUAACUUCUUGUUAAUCGAAUUACAGUAGCUAUUACAGUGAAUAAAUUCCAUGCUAUUGUUUGAGAAGACUGCACAACAACAAAAAACGUAUCACAGCAACUGGUUUGAUACAUUCACCUCUGAAGGUAAAUAAUGUACUUACAUUCAGUAAUCUUGUUCUGACACAUUUGGGUAGACUUGAUACAAAAUAGUCCAGUAUUGCAAUGCUUCACUGAAUCAAUCUGAAACUUUGCACACACUGCUGCCAUCUAGUGGCCAAAAUCUAAAUUGCGCCUAAACUGCAAUAUUAUAUUGUGGCCUUUCUCUUGCAUUUCAAAGAUGAUGGUACAAAAAGGAAAAUAGAAAACGCAUGUUUUUUUGUUUGUAUUAUCUUUUACCAGAUCCAAUGUGUUAUAUUCUCCUACGUUAAUGCACAUUUCCACAAAUUUCAAAGUGUUUCCUUUCAAAAUGGUAUCAAUAAUAUGCAUAUCCUUGCUUCAGGUCCUGAGCUACAGGCAGUUAGAUUUGGGUAUGUCAUUUUAGGCAAAAAUUGAAAAAAAGGGUCCGAUCCUUAAGAGGUUAAUCCAUUUUGAAUUCAGACUGUAACAACAAAAUGUGGAAUAAGUCAAGGGGUCUGAAUACUUUCUGAAUGAUGAAAGUUAGAGGUAGCCUACAUUUUUAUUAUUUAAUAUAUAGAAAAUUAUGACUAUUAUGUGACUAAAAUAUCUGUGACUACAGUUUUUUUUUCUGAUUGCUAACAAGCAUUGUUCAAUACUGCGGAUACAUGUGCAAAACUCUAAGUACAGUUAUCACAACAACACUCUAUAUGGCAACCUGUGGAUCAUUUGUCAUUGCUUUGACAUAAAAUUGAUUAAAUGACAACAUCUUUCAAAUUACAGAAAUAGUUGUCUCACAAAAACACAUUUACCAACAAAAUUCUAUGUAUCUACAGACCAUUUUGCAAACGUUAAGAUACCCUUAUCAAAACUGUUAAACUCAAGUUCAAAAGCUACUGAAAAUUGAAUUAGACUGCAAUAAAAUAAUAAUAAUAUCUCUUAAUUAUUCACAGCUGAUUUUCAUUCUACAUUACGUAACUGAAGACCAACCCAGGUGUUUUCCAUUUCUAGGUCAUUACCAUCUCUACAAAAGGGGACAUCUUUUGGAAUAUGUUUUGCAUAAACAUGGACCCAGCCAGAGAUCGUGUAGUGUCUUACAGAGGUGGAACAGUUGCCAUAGAGGCAGAGGAUUAUGUAUCCGUGUUGGGAGACGACUGAGGGGAAGACCCAGAGUUGUAGUGUCAGAUGAGACUAGGGCUACAAUCAUCGAUCAUGUUGUCAAUCGUGGUCUAUCAAUGAGAGAUGCUGGUCCUAGAGUGCAGCCAAAUUUGCAACGAUCAACUGUGUCAUCUAUUAUAAGAACCUUCCGGCAAACUAACAGGUAAGAUAUGCAUUCUGCAUGGGCAUCUAACUGUACUGAAUAUUACUGUAGAGUAGUAAAUCGAGCAAAAAGCUCCCCAAACUACUUGUGUGUCAUUUUAUUUCCGUUUUAGUAUCCAACGGUUACCAAAUGGAGGGGGGAGAGGUAGGAUUUUGCCUGCUCAGCAGGAAGCUGUAGUUGUUGACAUGGUCAUUAGCAACAAUGCCGUAAAACUCAGAGAAAUUCAAGAGAGAGUGUUGGCAGACAAUAAUGCAUUUCAAAAUGUUGAAAGUGUAAGCAUGACAACCACCAGAGCACUGCACACUCAGCAGUGAUUUCAGUUACAGUAUACUGUAAUAUAAACUACUGUUGUAGAAUAACUGUUAUGUUGCCCUGUGGAUUUACAAUAUUUUAGAGUGUCAUUGAACUUGAGGCCAGGACAACACCCCACAUGUUCGUCUCUGUGGAUGAGGCUGGCUUUAACAUGGCCAAAACACGCCGACGUGGAAGGAAUGUGAUUGGGGAAAAGAGCAACAGUGAAUGUCCCGGGCCAGAGGGGUGCCAACAUCACAACGUGUGCCGCAAUAUCCUCUGAAGAAUUGCUGUUACAUAAACCACUAAUUGGGCCAUACGACACAGAGCACUUCAUUUCAUUCAUGGAUGACCUCUAUGGAAGGCUUUUGCCAGGUGAAGAAAGAGGGCAAGUCAGAAGAAAUAUGGAAACCUGGGUGAUUGAAUUGGACAAUGUGGCAUUUCACCACUCCCAUGCAGUCAUAGAGUGGUUUGCAGCCCAUCCUGGGAUGGAUCACUCCCCCCCCCCCCCCCUUACUCUCCCUUCCUCAACCCAAUAGAAUAAUUAUUUUCCUCAUGGAGGUGGAAAGCUUAUGACCACCAUCCACAUGAUCAAAUGUCACUCUUGGAUGCAAUGAAUGCAGGAUGCCUGGGAUAUCUCUGCAGAAGAUUGCCAGGGAUGGAUCAGGCAUGCAAAGAGGUUCUUUCCCAGGUGUAUUGCGCGAGAGGCCAUACGGUGUGAUGUGGAUGAGAACUUGUGGCCCAAAAGCAGCAGACAGGUUUGACUAGCACUGUUAUAGAUCUGUUUCAUUUGGACAAUAUGCUAUGCAUAUUCAUAGUGUGUAUACACUUUUUGUUUGUUUAACAGUACUGGAAUUAUUUAUUUUUGUGUAUUUUGGAAUUACUCUGCGAAAAGCAAAAUACAGUAAUUUGCAAAAAUACAGUAAAUUGUAUUGAAGCAUAUUGCAGCCUUUCUGCUUAAUUUCUUUACAUAUCUUGCAGGACAUUCUAUACAGUACAGGUUUGCCAUUCUUCUUUUGUAGAAAUGACUGUUGGUUCAUCUAAAGAAAUAUGAUAUUAAAGACAAAUUAACACAAUUUCAAGUGGUAGCUGUUUUUAGAGUUUUGUAGGUCAUGAUACUAUGAAUGACAAAGUGUGCAUGUCGUGAGAGACUGUUAGCUUUCAUUUGGUAGAAAUAUUUGAUUUUGAGACAUGUAGGAUGUGCAUUGCCAAGUUGCAUGUUGUUUUGAUAACUGUAUUUAGAGUUUUGCACAUGUAUCCAGAGUAUUGAACAAAGCUUGUUAGCAAUCAAAAAAAACCCUGUAAAACUAGACUUAAAUGUUACAGUUUUAGUUUACUGAUAAUAACAAAAAUUAACAAUUGAUGCAAUGACUAAAAUGUGACUAAGACCAAAAGGUAUUUUAAGACUAAAACUAAAUCUAAAAUAGCUGCCAAAAUUAACACUGGUAUGUUGUUGAGAAAUCCUGGAACUAGACUAAACCUCCAGGGGACAAUGACAGAACGUCCUUAAAGCAUCAUUGGGGAUGUCCCCGGGAACGAGACAAAACCUCCAGGGGACCAUGACAGAACAUCCUUAAAACAUCCUUGGGGAUGUCCCCGGGAACGAGACAAAACCUCCAGGGGACCAUGACACAAUGCUUUGAUAACUUUAGGCAACCAUUUCGUGACUUCCUAAUGACUAAGCUAACAUAUGGAAUUGUUUUAAGGUGGUCAUACCAUGGAUCAUUUAGCUAUUUGAUUUGGAAUUUUAGGACCCCUUCAGGUAUAAAAUAAAUAAAAUAUAGAAUUUGGCCUUUUUUGUUGGCACAAAACUAGCUGCAUACUUCCGUUUAUUUGUACGUGUCACCUUCAGACGAGUCCCGUGACACUUGGUCAUAUUAGUUUGUAGGCCAAACCAUUCGGACGCUACAGACGUUUUAACGAGAAGACAGGUUUUCGGGACACCUCAUGGUCUGACAAACACCGCUGUAGCUCGGCCACUUUCCACCGCAGAUGCUGAAGGCCGACACUGACGGAUGAUGAUUGAGACGCAGCCCAUGCUGAUGUGGUGGAUUGAGACGCAGCCCAUGCAAAAAAAAACGACCUCUAGCUUAAAUGUUUUAUUAUGUUACUUAAAUUGUCAAUAGACUCUUAUUAAUGUAAUAAGUUAUUACACUUAGAGGAAAAAGUUUUUACAUUUACCGCUCAACAUUUUAUUACGUUUACCGGCAAGUUAUUACAUUUACCGGUUUUAUUACAUUUACCAUUGUUACAUACCCUAAUACUGUUAAAGUAGGGUUACUCCAUUAAUGUACUUGGUAAUGAAAAUGUGUUUUUUUCAUGUAAGACAUCAUCCCAUUCCAGUCAUUUAAACACUAAUGGGGAGGUUUUCCCGGACACAGAUUAAGCCUACUCCUGGACUUAAGUUCUUUGUAUGAAUUUCCCUUCUUAUUCGGCUUCAGACAAACGCUAACAUUUCCCUUAAAAACAUAGUUAAAAAAUAAACAUUUGGUAUCCGUUCCCCCUCACCUCGCCAUUAUGGGCCGGUUUCCCGGACACAGAUUAAGGCUAGUCCUAGACUAAAAACCCUGUUCAAUUAAGAUUGUUUAUUGACAGUACUUAGUCUAGGUCAAGGCUUAAUCUACAUCCAGGAAACCGGCCUGAUGUGUUUUACUCACAAAAAGUUUGUUUUCCAAAAGUUUGAAUACAGAAAUCUCUCAAAAGCGUUGGCCCACUAACCCUAAUGUUUGAGUGGCAUCAACACCAUGUAGCUAUAUAUAUAUGGUAGUAGAAUAGGCAGGUACAGUUGAAGUCGGAAGUUUACAUACACUCAGGUUGGAGUCAUUAAAACUCAUUUUUCAACCACUCCACAAAUGUCUUGUUAACAAACUAUAGUUUUGGCAAGUCGGUUAGGAGAUCUACUUUGUGCACGACACAAGUAAUCUUUCCAACAAUUGUUUACAGACAGAUUAUUUCACUCAUAAUUAACUGUAUCACAAUUCCCGUGGGUCAGAAGUUUACAUGCACUAAGUUGACUAUGCCUUUAAACAGAUUGGAACAUUCCAGAAAAUGAUAUCAUGGCUUUAGAAGCUUCCGAUAGGCUAAUUGACAUCAUUUGAAUCAAUUGGAGGAGUACCCGUGGAUGUAUUUCAAGGCCUACCUUCAAACUCAGUGCCUCGUCAGAAAUGUCUCAAAAGCGUUGGAUUAGUCAGCCUCACCAACCCUAAUGUUUAAGUGGCAUUAACACCAUGUAGCUAUAUAUAUAUAUAUAUAUAUAUAUAUACAGUGGGGAAAAAAAGUUUUUAGUCAGCCACCAAUUGUGCAAGUUCUCCCACUUAAAAAGAUGAGAGAGGCCUGUAAUUUCCAUCAUAGGUACACGUCAGCUAUGACAGACAAAAUGAGGAAAAAAAAUCCAGAAAAUCACAUUGUAGGAUUUUUUGUGAAUUUAUUUGCAAAUUAUGGUGGAAAAUAAGUAUUUGGUCAAUAACAAAAGUUUCUCAAUACUUUGUUAUAUACCCUUUGUUGGCAAUGACACAGGUCAAUCGUUUUCUCUAAGUCUUCACAAGGUUUUCACACACUGUUGCUGGUAUUUUGGCCCUUCCUCCAUGCAGACUUUCAACUGCCUCCAAAGAUUUUCUAUGGGGUUGAGAUCUGGAGACCUUGAAAUGCUUCUUACGAAGCCACUCCUUCGUUGCCCGGGCGGUGUGUUUGGGAUCAUUGUCAUGCUGAAAGACCCAGCCACGUUUCAUCUUCGAUGCCCUUGUUGAUGGAAGGAGGUUUUCACUCAAAAUCUCACGAUACAUGGCCCCAUUCAUUCUUUCCUUUACACGGAUCAGUCGUCCUGGUCCCUUUGCAGAAAAACAGCCCCAAAGCAUGAUGUUUCCACCCCCAUGCUUCACAAUAGGUAUGGUGUUCUUUGGAUGCAACUCAGCAUUCUUUGUCCUACAAACACGACGAGUUGAGUUUUUACCAAAAAGUUCUAUUUUGGUUUCAUCUGACCAUAUGACAUUCUCCCAAUCCUCUUCUGGAUUAUCCAAAUGCACUCUAGCAAACUUCAGACGGGCCUGGACAUGUACUGGCUUAAGCAGGGGGACACAUCUGGCACUGCAGGAUUUGAGUCCCUGGCGGCGUAGUGUGUUACUGAUGGUAGGCUUUGUUACUUUGGUCCCAGCUCUCUGCAGGUCAUUCACUAGGUCCCCCCGUGUGGUUCUGGGAUUUUUGCUCACCGUUCUUGUGAUCAUUUUGACCCCACGGGGUGAGAUCUUGCGUGGAGCCCCAGAUCGAGGGAGAUUAUCAGUGGUCUUGUAUGUCUUCCAUUUCCUAAUAAUUGCUCCCACAGUUGAUUUCUUCAAACCAAGCUGCUUACCUAUUGCAGAUUCAGUCUUCCCAGCCUGGUGCAGGUCUACAAUUUUGUUUCUGGUGUCCUUUGACAGCUCUUUGGUCUUGGCCAUAGUGGAGUUUGGAGUGUGACUGUUUGAGGUUGUGGACAGGUGUCUUUUAUACUGAUAACAAGUUCAAACAGGUGCCAUUAAUACAGGUAACGAGUGGAGGACAGAGGAGCCUCUUAAAGAAGAAGUUACAGGUCUGUGAGAGCCAGAAAUCUUGCUUGUUUGUAGGUGACCAAAUACUUAUUUUCCACCAUAAUUUGCAAAUAAAUUCAUUAAAAAUUCUUCAAUGUGAUUUUUUUGAUUUUUUUUUCUCAAUUUGUCUGUCAUAGUUGACAUGUACCUAUGAAGAAAAUUACAGGCCUCUCUCAUCUUUUUAAGUGGGAGAACUUGCAAAAUUGGUGGCUGAUUAAAUACUUUUUUCCCCCACUGUAUAUAUAUAUAUGGUAGUAGAAUAGGCAGGUACAUCGCUGAAGACCUCAGUAAGAGGAGUUGUUGCCGCUGUAGUCUAAUGGGGAUCCAAAUAAACAAAUCAAAUACUUUUAAGUGUCUGUAUCCACACCGUAGUUACACUGCACCUGCUGCUGUAUGGCAAUACUCGGUCAUAUCACAUAAAGGGGGACCUCUUAGUUAUGGUGAUGUAGAAAUGCAGCUGGUAUGAUGCAUUUCUUAUCAUGUGAUGCUUCGCUUUGCAUCAUACCGGCUGUAUUUAUGUAUUUUGAAAGUUAUACAUCUUGAAAACUUUGAUUGCUGACAUGCAAAACAUUUUGGGAUUAUAUCAACAAUGGACUAAUGUAAGAAAUGUGUGUGUGUGUGUGUGUGUGUGUGUGUGUGUGUGUGUGUGUGUGUGUGUGUGUGUGUGUGUGUGUGUGUGUGUGUGUGUGUGUGUGUGUGUGUGUGUGUGUGUGUGUGCUCCAGGGAACAGGGAAGGUAGAGUACAGUAGGUCAUUCCUCCCUUACAGCUGCCCUGCCUGUUGGGUUUUGUUCUGUCCUAACUGUACUGUCCCCUGCCCUUUUUCCCAACACUACACCCGACUGUGACCUGGCCCCUAGUCAUGCUUCUGACAAAUGGAAUGGUCGUAUCAUAAAAAAGAAUGGUCAUGCAAUCAUAUGGAAUGCUCACGCAAUAAAAUGAAAUGGUCAUGAGACCAAACGGAAUUGUCCUAAGAUCAAACGGAAUGGUCAUAAGAUCAAACGGAAUGGUCAUAAGAUCAAAUGGAAUGGUCAUGCGAUGAAAAGGGAUUGGCCGUAAGAUCAAAUGGAAUGGUCAAAAGAUCAUAUUGGAUAAAAUGGAAUGGCCAAAUGAGGAAAUGGAACGGUCAUGCAAUGAAAUAUUGAUGCCAUACAAUAACAAGGAAUGUGCAUACAUUGUAUUGACCCCUUCAGAUUGUUGAUAUCCUUUAGCUAAUUAUCCCCUUUUCACUUAAUGUAGGAGUAAAUCACAGCAUUGGAAGCAGCGGAAUAUUUUCUUGAAAAUGAUGAUAACGCACCGCUCUGUGCACCUCUCCCAAUCAGAACAAUUUGAACAUAGCAAACAGCAUAGCAAUGAAUGCUAUCUAUUUUUUCUUUUCAUUUAGGCAAGUGGACACCAGAGCAUACGAGUGGAGUGGAGCUGGAUUGUAGCGACCAGUGGAGGGCACAUCAUUUGUCUGGAACACAGAGGGGAUAAUAUUUUUCAUCUUCAAUUUCGCUCCAGUGUCUUCUGCUCUGCAUUUCUCAUUUCCUUUAUCAAUAUUAUUUUAAUUAAUUAUUUUUAUGUUGUGUUUAUCUAACCCACAACUAGUAAUGCACAGAGAUGUUGAUAUGACUCCACCAAUAAAUAGGUCACUGACAGCCUGUGUAAUUGACAGCCUGUGUAAUUGACAGCCUGUGUAAUUGACAGCCUGUGUAAUUGACAGCCUUUGUAAUUGACAGCCUGUGUAAUUGACAGCCUGUGUAAUUGACAGCCUGUGUAAUUGACAGCCUGUGUAAUUGACAGCCUGUGUAAUUGCAAGAUGCAAGAUUGCAUUUGCACGUGAUGAAGCACUGGAGAUGCUUUGAUUUCAACACGGCUAUUGUUUAAAAAAAAAAAGUCAACUGUGAAAAUGGUUACUUCUUAAGCUACCUGGCUGGGCUUUCCUCUUGACUGAUGUAGAGUUAGCAGGGGGGUUGUUUUAAUAGCCUUUUUCCUCCUGUUAAGCUUGUUCCUCCUGACUGAUGUAGAGUUAGCAUGUUGUUUAAUAGCCUUGUUCCUCCUGACUGAUGUAGAGUUAGCAUGUUGUUUAAUAGCCUUGUUCCUCUUGACUGAUGUAGAGUUAGCAUGUUGUUUAAUAGCCUUGUUCCUCUUGACUGAUGUAGAGUUAGCAUGUUGUUUAAUAGCCUUGUUCCUCCUGACUGAUGUAGAGUUAGCAUGUUGUUUAAUAGCCUUGUUCCUCCUGACUGAUGUAGAGUUAGCAUGUUGUUUAAUAGCCUUGUUCCUCUUGACUGAUGUAGAGUUAGCAUGUUGUUUAAUAGCCUUGUUCCUCCUGACUGAUGUAGAGUUAGCAUGUUGUUUAAUAGCCUUGUUCCUCCUGACUGAUGUAGAGUUAGCAUGUUGUUUAAUAGCCGUGUUCCUCCUGACUGAUGUAGAGUUAGCAUGUUGUUUAAUAGCCGUGUUCCUCCUGACUGAUGUAGAGUUAGCAUGUUGUUUAAUAGCCAUGUUCCUCCUGACUGAUGUAGAGUUAGCAUGUUGUCUAAUAGCCGUGUUCCUCCUGACUGAUGUAGAGUUAGCAUGUUGUUUAAUAGCCUUGUUCCUCUUGACUGAUGUAGAGUUAGCAUGUUGUUUAAUAGCCGUGUUCCUCCUGACUGAUGUAGAGUUAGCAUGUUGUUUAAUAGCCUAUAACAGGGGUUCUCCAACCUCUCCUCAGGGAUGCCGUUUCUAUUUGAACUAUUCCACCGCUACCUGAUUCAACUUGUCAACUAAUCAUCAAGCCCUUGACUAGGUGGAUCAGGUGAGCUUGUUCAGGGCUACAACAACAUUGUGAAACGUCUGGGGGGUCCCCGAGGAGACGUUUGAGAACCACUGGCCUGUACAUGUUGUUGAAAAUGUUGAGUGCUUCUGGCUUUGCCUACUUCAAAACCAAAUUGUACAGUCACAAAAGUAUAUGGGGCUGUUGUUGUUUUUUUAUUUUUUUAUUUGGAGCUGCAGUUUUUUUCACCCCUGUGUCACUGAGUUCUUCAGUAAGGCCAUUAUACUGUCAAUGCUUGUCUAUGGAGAUUACAUGGCUGUGUACUCAAUUUUAUAUACCUGUCAGCAAUGUGUGUCGCUGAAAUAGCCCAAUCCAUUAAUUUGAAGGGAUUGUCCAAAUACUUUUUAUAUAUAGUGUAAGCCAUUGACUUUAUUGUGUUGUACCUGUUCAGUUUUUAAAAUGUAUGUAGUGUGUAUACAUACAGUAUAUAUUUUUUAAAUUAGCAAUCAAUCAAAUCUGCAUGUUAACCAUCCUUCUGCUCUGCUCUGCUCUGCCCUGCUCUGCUCUGCUCUGCUCUGCUCUGCCCUGCUCUGCUCUGCUCAGCUCUGCUCUGCUCUGCUCUGCUCUGCUCUGCUCUGCUCAGCUCUGCUCUGCUCUGCUCAGCUCUGUGUGAGUUGUGAAAGGCUGCAAGUCAAUGACUGUGUCCGAAAAGGCAAAAUUUUUCCCUUUACAUUGCACUAUUUUUGACCAGGGCACAUAGUGCACAGCCGAUUUGUUUUAAGACUGCUUAGUUUCUACUUUACCUGAGACGUGCUAUCACAGACAACAUAAGACUUCAAUUAGGUACAGUGAAAAUCAAUAAACUCUAAAAACAUAUAUAUUUCAAAGAGUGAGAUAUUUUCUUGCAAGGUCUGUAAAUGUUUCAGAUUAUUCUAGCAAGAAUAACAGCAACGACAGUCUCAGCACUGCCAAGAUGGCCUGAGGAACUUAACAAGAUGUUAGAAAUUCCACAAAUUAUUUCAAAGAGUAGAUGAGGCUGUGAUUAAUAUUCUGGAAGUCUGCAUCCCAACUGGCACCCUAUUCGCUAUAUACUGCACUACUUUUGACCAAGCCCCAUAGGGCUCAUGUCAAAAGUAGUACACUACAGAUAUAUAGUGAAUAGGGUGCCAUUUGGGAUGCAGGCUAAGAGUGUAAAGUCAAUUUUUCAGUCGCUAUUUAAUGAUGCCAAGAAGUUAUCACAAAUGUGUCAGGUACACAGUAGAGAGAGAGGAGACAGAGAGGAGACAGAGAGGAGACAGAGAGGAGACAGAGAGGAGCCAGAUAUGAGCCAGAGGGGAGACAGAGAGGAGACAGAGAGGAGCCAGAGAGGAGCCAGAGAGGAGACAGAGAGGAGCCAGAAUAUAGACAGAGAGGAGACAGAGAGGAGUCAGAAUAUAGACAGAGAGGAGACAGAGAGGAGACAGAGAGGAGACAAGGGGGAGCCAGAGAGGAGCCAGAGAGGAGCCAGAGAGGAGCCAGAGAGGAGACAUAGAGGAGACAUAGAGGAGACAGAGGAGAAGAGACAGGAAUAUAGACAAGAGAGGAGACAGAGAGGAGACGGGAGGAGACAGAGAGGAGACAAGGGGGAGCCAGAGAGGAAACAGAUAAGAGACAGAAUAUAGACAGAGAGAGAAGAGACAGAAUAUAGACAGAGAGGAGACAGAGAGGGAGCCAGAGAGGAGGGCAGAGAGGGAGACAAGAGAGACAGCAAUAUAGACGAGAGGGGAGACAGAGAGGAGCCAGAGAGGAGCCAGAUAAGAGACAGAUAUAGAAAGAAUACAGAGAGGAACAGAGAGGGGACAGAGAGGAGGCAGAAGAGAGGAGACAGAGAGGAGACAGAGAGAAGAGACAGAUUAGAGACAGAGAGGGAGACAGAGAGGAGCAGAGAGGAGGACGAGAGGAGACAGAAUAUAGACAAGAGAGGAGAUAGAGAGGAUCAGAGAGGAGCCAGAGAGAAAGGGCAGAGAGGAGGCAGAGAGGAGCCAGAGAGGGAGACAGAGAGGAGCAGAGAGGAGACAGAGAGGAGCAGGGGAGGGGAUCAGAAAGAACAGGAGACAGCGAGGAGACAGAGAUGA